AACAGUUGUGGCGUUCCAUACAAUUGACUGUGGGACAAAGUUUAUCAGAUGAUUAUCAAGGGAUUAUCGAUAUACUAUUAACAACACAUUCACGGUUUGGGAAAUCAGGAAUAUAUUUUUAAAAAGAAGGAAAUACAAAAAACAAAAAACAAAAACAGAACAACACUUUUGUAAGGGAUGGAGUCCGGAGACAAGGACCAUGCGAUGUUUAUUGACCUGCUGGACAAAUAUUCACAGCUUGACCAGCUAAAGUCUUUUAGUGGCCCAGAUACCACUGUAUUGACCUCAGUUGGAGAUGGGAAUCUGAAUGACGUCAUCAGAGCUAAAAAGUCUGGACAAAGUAUUAUUCUUAAGCGGGCGCCUCCUUAUAUAAAGUGUUUAGGCCCUGAGUACCCGCUGGACCCGUCCCGGGGCCAGACUGAGUUUGACGCCCUCUGUGUGUUUUCGGACCUCGCACCUCGCAGUGUACCACAACCGUACUUCUAUGACAAGGAGUCGAGAACACUCUGUAUGAAAGAUUUACUGAAGUAUAAGGAUUUUCGUAAACAACUCAUAAGCGGAGUUUGUUCUAUGGCAGCAGUAAAGAAAUUAGCCAGAGACAUUGGAAAAGUUCACAAUAAAACUCAUGUCGCCAAAAUUAGCGAGAAGAGAUUUAGUGAAUACAAAAACAAAUUUCAAGAUACUGAACUAGUCACUCUUACUGAGCAGUACAUCUUCACGAAACCCUUCGACAAAUGUGAUGCUACAAACAAACUUACAGACGACAUCAGUUCUAGUCUUCCACAACUAUACGAUGAUCCUAGAGUCUUAGAUGUAGCAAAGGACAUGAAGCAUAUUUUCUUGACGAAGAAAGAAUGCCUUGUACACGGUGAUCUACAUACGGGUUCUGUUAUGGUGGAUGGUGCUAACACAAAAAUCAUAGACUUGGAAUUUGCAUACAUGGGGCCUCCAGCUUUUGAUAUUGGGCUUCUUCUUGCCAAUUACAUUUUCUCGUAUUAUGGCCACAUGUCAAUACCAGAAGACCACGAUAGACAUAGGAAGUUUGCGCAACUCAUGAUAGAGGCAUGCAAAGUGACAGUAAACAAAUACCUUAAGGAAAUGAAGAGUUUUGUUGGAGAGCUACAGUCCUACCAAGAUAAACUACUAUCUGAAAUGGCUGGGUUUGCUGGUUGUGAAUUAAUUAGACGGGUGGUUGGGGCUGCACCAGUGGAGGACCUCCAUAGCCCCUACAGUAAACAGGACGCCUUGGGGGCCGGGGUACGCCUCCUCCUGGGGAGACAUAACAUUACAACAGUAGACAAACUCCUUGUCAUCGCUCUGAUGCUGACCCACUAGCACUCACUUGGAAAAUCAAUUGAUCAUUAUUACGUUAUUUC